AUGGCUUUGCAGGUCUACAGAGCAGCUCCAAGGACCGCAGUGCCGCAGAGCUCCGCGUCCCACGGGAUUAUUACCUCCAGGCAGCAACCCGCGGUCUGCGUCGCACCCGAUUACCUCCAGCUGAAUGUGAAGAGGACAGCGAGGCGGCUGACCACGGGGUUUCCAGCUAGGGCGAGCCUUGACUCCACGGCAGCGGCGACGGCGACGGCAGAUAUCGGCCAAGUGACGGAGGUGAAUAAGGACACAUUUUGGCCGAUUGUGAAUGCCGCCGGUCCUAAGACCGUCGUCCUCGAUAUGUACACUCAGUGGUGUGGUCCGUGCAAGGUGAUAGCCCCAAAAUAUAAAGAGUUGUCUGAAAAAUACGAUGAUGUUCUCUUCUUAAAGCUGGACUGCAACCAAGACAACAGGCCUCUGGCAAAGGAACUGGGGAUCAAAGUUGUCCCGACAUUCAAGAUAUUGAAAGAUGGUAAAAUUGUUAAAGAAGUUACAGGAGCCAAAUUUGACGAUCUAGUUGCUGCUAUCGAGACUGCAAGAUCGUCUACCAAAGAUUAA